CAGAUAGACUAACAAGACUUUGCUCACAAAGAAAGUUCCUCUCAACUUGCUUCUCGUUUAAAAAACCUUGUACACUUCAAUCUGACGGUCCAUAUUUCAUCUUCAUCGCCAUUACAUAUUUUCGUUGAAUGUUCAUACUUUCUUCUUACUAUUUUUCCGAUCUUCUCAAUUUUUUAUCAGUUGACCCUCCUCAGAUCUAGGCCUAAUUUCUUCAAUCCUUCUCCAAAUUCUCUGGUUCUCCAAAAACCCAUCAUCCGAAAGCCACGAUUUUGAGGAUUUUUGCUCUUGGAUCUCUGCAAUCUGUAAGUUUGAAUGCUUCAAAGUUUCAAUCUUUUUAUUUGAAUCAUUCAAUCGUAUUAUAUAGUUUUCAUUAUUAUUGUUAGAUUAUUGUUGAUACUAUAGAGAAUGGCUAGUGGGUACACUGCUGUUCCUGGAGAAAAAUUUGUGGAAUUACAAUUGCAGAACAAUGAUUCAUCGUCCCUUAUACCAGUUACUAGUAAUGGGUAUAUAAAACCAUCAAAUGGGGUUGAUCCAUAUGAUGGUAAUAUCGACAUUGAUGAUUCUGAAUUUGAUAAUUAUCCGAAUUAUCCCCUAAUUGUCGGUGGGAUUGGUAAAGGAUCAGGGGUUCCUGGUGCAGUUUUUAAUCUUACUACUUCGAUUAUUGGUGCUGGGAUUAUGGCUUUGCCGGCUGCAAUGGGGGUUCUAGGGUUAGGUUUAGGGAUGGUUUUGAUAGUUGUUAUUGGUGUUUUGUCAGAGAUUAGUGUCGAAUUGCUGGUUAGAUUCGCGGUGCAUUGUAAAGCAAUGUCAUAUGGGGAGGUUGUUCAGUUUGCCCUAGGCCGUCCUGCGAGGAUUUUGUCGGAAAUUUGUAUUAUUGUGAACAAUGCAGGGGUUUUGGUUGUUUAUUUGAUUAUUAUUGGGGAUGUGAUGUCGGGUUCGUAUCAUCAUGUUGGUGUUUUUGAUCAGAUGAUGGGUAAUGGGGUUUGGGAUCAGAGAAAGCUCGUGAUUUUGGUGGUUUUGAUAAUCUUUUUAGCACCAUUGUGUGCAUUAGAGAAGAUUGAUUCCUUGAGCUUAACUUCAGCUGCUUCAGUUGCUCUUGCAGUAGUGUUUGUUGUUGUCACUUGUUCGAUUGCACUUGUUAAGGUUGUUGAAGGGAAGAUUGAUCCUCCUCGAAUGACACCGGAUUUUAGUUCUAAAAAGGCGAUUUUGAAUCUGCUUGUGGUGAUCCCGGUGAUGACAAAUGCAUAUGUUUGUCACUUCAAUGUCCAGCCUAUUUACAACGAGCUGGACGGGCGUUCUCCUCAAAAGAUGAAUCGUGUAGUACGGAUCACAACACUUGUCACCGUAGUGGUUUACGGUUUUACUGCCUUUUCCGGAUAUUUGCUUUUCGGGAAGAACACUGAAUCUGAUAUUCUCACGAAUUUUGAUACAGAUCUUGGAGUUCCUUACAGUGCUGCCUUGAAUUAUAUUAUUAGGAUAGGAUACAUUCUUCACCUUGUUCUUGUUUUUCCAGUUAUUCAUUUCUCACUACGGGAAGCAGUUAACGCCUUGUUUUUUAGCGAUUCAGCCCUUUCCGAGAGUAAGAAAAGGCUUUACAUACUAACUUCGGUGUUGUUGGCCUUGCUUUAUCUUGGUUCAACAAUGAUUCCCAGCAUUUGGACUGCUUUCAAGUUCACCGGAGCAACAACAGCAGUAUCAUUAGGUUUCAUAUUUCCAUGUCUUAUUGCAUUACGGCUAGAUGGGCAAGGGCAAACUUUAACCCGUGGAGAGAAGUUUUUCUCAUGGACCAUGUUGAUAGUGGCUGCAAUAGUUGGCAUCAUUGGAGUGAUUGGUAACGUUUACGGGCUCCAAGACCAUUCUUAAGUAUCACACCAAAAGAUUAGGCUUCUUUUUUAGUUGAUAUUCUUUGAGAUGACGAGGAGACUUAUACAGGUUAAAAUCAGAUCUACUUCGGCUGUGGAAAUUUGAGGAAACCCCUUCUGGAAUUGGGGAGUGUACUAUUACAUCAUUGAGUUUGUCCAUAUGUAAAUUUUUCCACAAUGGGUCAUAACAAUUGUUUACCCCGUUAUUGCAUUAUGGAGGUAGAUCCAAGGAUUGUUUUUUUGCUCGGUAUUUGAGGUUGUGACUGAUUGUAUGAAAUCGGUUUGAUGGUUUGACAUGGAAGGGAAGACUCUUUAAGAGAACUGCUACAUCUUCGAGGAUUUAGAGGCUCCAUCAAUGUAAGCACCCGUUCUUAGCAUUAGUUUACAUGUUAUCCCUCAAACUUCAUUUUGUGUAAUGUGUCUAGCCUCAAGUAUUCGUUCAUUUAUUCUUGAACAGGCCAUUGAUGUGCCUAAACACAUUAUCUGUAUCUCUGGCCUGAUUUUUGUGUAGGAAACUGCGGAAUAAAUACACUUUUAUUAUGAUA